AUACAGCGCGGAUGGUUUCUUAUCUUGUAGUACCUUAAACUCUACGUCAUCGAGAAGACAAACGUAAGGGGGGACUUUUUGUGAAAGACAUACGCGAAAGUUAAAGAAAGAGAGCUGAUUAAGUGAGGAGAGUUGACUGAGAGGAGUAAAUUGAGGAUAAAUCAACUCUGAAGUGACAUUUUACGUCGAAGUGAGCGUUCAACGUGCGUAAAGUUUUAUUUUUAUCUGAUAAAUGGGGAUUAUUGGCAGAUGAAGUUGCGGUAGUUGCCUAAAAGCUUGGUAAAAGUGCUGAUGGAGUUGCUUUUGUGCCUCAUUUAGAAGGAAAUGGGAUUAUUUCCUCCUCCAUCACGGCUGCAGGCGCAGAAGUAAUCCAGUAACGUACAUCUGAGUGUGCGUAAUGAGAGAGAUGCUUGGUGGCCACGUCCCCUUGGAGACUGGAGAGACAACACGUGAUGAGCUUUACUUAUCAGGUUUAGAGGGAGAGAGACACCGAGAGAGAUAGUCAGAGAGGGGAGAGAGAGAGGGCAGAGUUUGGAGCCUGGAGAAGAAUUAAAACUUAGUUAAAUUCAUCAACAUUUUCUUCUCGACGACUUCUGUCCUCGACUCAUUCGGGUUUUUUUCUCCGGGAGAGGAGAGAGGAAGAGAAGCAGCAGAGGAGGAGGAGGUGGAGGAGGGAGGGGUGGAGGAGGAGGAGAAGCCGGAGUAAAGUUUGUCCAAGUUUGCACAUCCCUUCGGAAACGCCAUUUUGAUUCCUCUCCUCUCCGGAGCGAGUUUGCAGCCUCUCUCUCCCUUCUUUUUUUUCUUCAUCCCCCUUUUUUUUCAUCCACCAUCCCCGCAGUUCAUCAUCAUCAUCAUCGCCCCCACCACCACCACCAUCAUCAUCCUCGCCACGAUGUCUCGGCGCAAGCAGCCCAACCCCAACAAAGUCAAGCUGUGAGCAGAGGUUGCAGAAACACACACACAACAAACCCCGCCCCCCUCCCGCCCCGCCCUUCGAGACACGAGUGAGCGUUGAUUUACGAAAAAUAAAGGACGGCAGUCAUGGAAAACUCCAGUGAGGAGCAGCGGGCGGAGAUAAACGAGGAAGAGGCGGAGCUAACGGAGGAGAAGACGCACAGUAACCUCAAAGCAAUGAAUGGUGUGACGGAGGAUGCUGGGAGUGGAGGAGAGAAGCUCCAGAAUGGAGAUCGAGGAGGAGGAGGAAUCAUGGGAGCUGAAGGAGGAGGAGACCUGUCCUCCAUCAACGCCAUGAUGACAGCAGUGAUGUCAGUAGCAGGGACCAUCAACGGAGGAGGAGACGGAGAAGGAGGGAGUGGAGUUACGUCUGCGAACUCCUCCGCCGGGCCCUCACCGAGCCCCUCCCCCAGCAAGUCGCUCACAGCUGCCAUGAGAGCCCCGCCCAGCCGCAACGCACGACGUACCCAGGACACCAAAGACGACUCAGCUUUUAUUUGUCCCCUGUGUGAUAAGAACUGUCAGACACAACAUCAACUCACGAUGCACAUCAGACAGCACAACGCAGACACCGGAGCGACGGAUCACUCCUGCAGCAUCUGUGGGAAAUGUCUGAGCUCGGCCUCGUCGUUGGACCGACACAUGCUGGUCCACAGCGGGGAGAGACCGUACAAGUGUAACAUCUGUGGCCAGACCUUCACCACCAACGGCAACAUGCACAGACAUAUGAAGAUCCAUGAAAAGGACCCAGCCAGUGGUCUGCUCCCUGUCAGCCCCCCUUCUCCCACCAAACGCCGCCGUCCGUCCGUGAAGAGGAGGCAGGAGGAGGAGAUUGGAGAGGAGCCGCCAAAUAAGAAGGUGGUGGAGGAUGCGGUGUCGGAUGAGUUGGCGUCGGCGGUCCGAGGAGCUGAAGAGGAGCUGCUGCCCUGUCCGAUCUGCUUCAAGACGUGCAGCUCCAGACUGGAACUGGAUGCUCACAUGGACACGCAUCCAGACACCGCACUGAGGUGCGAUCUCUGCUGCCUGUCUUUCCGAACCCACCGUGGUUUGUUACGUCACAACGCAGGGGUUCAUAAGCUCCUCCCCCAGGAUCCGAACGGCCGCCCCUUCAUCCAGAACAACCCCUCCAUCCCGACAGGCUUCAAUGACCUCGCUUUCAUCGACUUCUCCUGCAAGAAGUUUGCUCAUAUCGCACAGGUCUGGUGUGAGACAAACCUGCGCCGCUGCAUCAGCAAGUUCCAUCGGUUUGUCUGUGAUUCCUGUGACAAAGCGUUCCCCCUUCGCUCUGCUCUGGACCUCCACAAAACCACGUCCCACUCCGACAAAGCCACCACAUCUGAAACGCCGGAGGAUGAGGAGAACAAGGAGAACGAGGAGGAGAAAACGUUCAUACCAGAGAAGAAAGUUGAGGAGACAGAAGAGCAGCAUGCCAAGCAAGCCGGUUUCAUGGAGGGGCUUGGUCUGCAGCACAUCUCCAAGGUGAAAUCCACUCCCACCGACGAUGAAAUCCAUCAGGCUCACCUGGACAGCAUCAAGGUGAUCCACGUGGAGCCCCCUUCCUCCAGCCUACCCCAGGAGCCAGCUGCUGCCUACCUGUCCGGAGGUCUGGGCCUGACUCUGGGGCUCAGUGCCGGGGGUCUGGCAGCUCUCAGCAUCCCGCUCCUGGAAGCAACUGCCUCUGCUUCUGCCUUGCAGGGCCUCAGUCAGCGGGACGCCCUCAGCCUGCUGUCCCUGCAGCCUUUCCCCACCGGCCUCCUCUUGCAGCCUGAUGGGGGCGCUGCCACUGGGAGUGCGGCCUCAUCUGGGGCGAAACCCGGGGAAGCAGGCGGUGCUGGGAUCAUGGAGCUGGCCGACAUUCAACAGAUCCUCAAAGUGGCAAGUGCAGCACCCAAUCAGAUGGGACUGACCCUCCCACCUCUUGCCAAAGCUCCGGGAUUUGCUGGAGGUCAAGGUCUGGUUCAAAAUCAGAAGGCGAUGCCUCCACUGAAGCCUAAACCUCCCACCACCCCUCGCUCCAGCCUCACCGCCACCACCCCCCCACCCCUCCAGAGCUCCCAACAGGCCUCACUGGGCUGCAUCAGCCCCAGCCUGCCCCCUCCCACCCCGUCUCUCUUCAAAACGCCCUCCUCUUCAGCCAGGAAUGGUGGGCAGCUGGACGCAGAGUGUAUGGGAGAUGCUCACACGCCUCUGUCUGACUCACCACCGGCCGCAACCACAGCAGUGCAUGAGGAGGCGGGGCUUAGUGGAAGGAAACCAGGAACCAAAGCAGGGAACGCCAUUGCUGGCUCAGCUAAAGGCUCGUACCCAUGCAGAUUCUGCGACCAGGUGUUCGCCUUCUCUGGCGUCCUGCAGGCUCACAUGCGCUUCCACCUUGGUAUCCUUCCUCACCAGUGCAACAUCUGCGACUACGUGGCGCCCGAUAAAGCCACGCUGAUCAGACACCUGCGGACGCACAGUGGUGAGCGGCCGUACGUCUGCCGGGUCUGCCAUUACCCGUUUACUGUCAAGGCCAACUGUGAGCGCCACCUCAGGAAGAAGCACGCCAAGACAUCAAGGAAGGACAUUGAGAAAAACAUCAAGUACGUGACGUCUACGACCACGGCUAGCAUUGCUUCAGCCAUCACUGCGGCAACGACCACCACCACCACCACCACCACGGACACAGAGACGGGCGUCACCGGAGCAGAGACCACCUGCAGGUUCUGUGGCGAGGACUUAAAGAGCUAUCGGGCGCUGCAGAUCCACCUCCGCACACACAAUGGCUGUCAAAGGAAGCCAUUCGAGUGUCGGCGUUGUGGAGCUGCCUUCCUUGCCAAACGGAACUGCAUCCACCAUCUGCUGAAGCAGCAUCCUGAGGUGCAGGAGAGAGAGAUCGAGGAGCACAUCGCAACUCUGCUGCCCACCCCUCAGUCCGUCUCCACCAUCACACCGGCCCGAGCCUCCGCCGUAACUCAGAUGGCGCUGAAUGGGAUAAGUCCGCCGGCGGUUCAGAUACUGCAGGCGGUGAAAGUGGAGGAUGUGGUUUAUCCUGCAGAACUGGACCAGCCGCUUGACUUCUCCGCCAAAGGUCGCCACAGCCAGACGGCGUCUCCUGGGGUCAAACUGGAGAGCAGCUCACCAACCUUCGACUGCUCUGCCCUCGACCAGCCCAUUGACCUGUCCAUACCGAGCAAAAGACAGCGGCGAGAGGCUGAGGGAGAGAGGAAGGAAAUAAAGACAGAGCAGAGCAGCGCUGUCGGCAUGGAGCAGCAGCUUCAGUCAAAGGAGGAGAAAACAGGAAGCUCCCUGCCUCCCCUCCACUCUCACCCACAGCUCGGCUGCUACCAGCUCCCCCCUGGGUCCACGCCACCACCGGCCACCCUCCCAAACAUCAACAAUGCCACCCGAGCUCAGCGCCUCAAACCUCUGCUCCCUAAACCCUCCUCCUCCUCCACCUCCUCUUCGCCAUCCUCCACCCACAAAGAGCUGCCUCCCCUGGCCUCCAUAGCUCAGAUCAUCCACUCUGUCUCUGGAGCUCCUGACCUUUUGAAGAGAGAGAACGCCACGCUGGACGGGAAGCAGCAGGGCGGAGUCUCCUCUCAGAGCGAAGCUGCUGCAGCUGCACCCGGAGGGAACGCUGCUCUGGAGACGCAGAAUGACGACACAACUGACGGAUCGAACAGGAAAAGAACCAGGAAGAAGCCAGCCAUCCUAGCAGCGAAGGAGAAAUCUAAUGCAAGCAGCAGUGGCAUUGACCUGGAGUCCAGCGGUGAGUUUGCCAGCGUGGAGAAAAUGCUCGCCACCACGGAUGCCAACAAGUUCAGCACAUACCUGCAGACCGGAGCCGCUGACCUCGGAGCAAAGAGAGACGUGGACAGAGCAGGAGGUGCAGAGGAGAAGGAGGAGGUGAAACCGGUGGCUGCAGCAGCCUCAACAGCGACAGUGGCAGCAGUGGCGGUCCCACAGACGAAAGGAAAGAAGAACGCUUACUCCAACUCUGUGCAGAAGAUGACAUGUCCUUUCUGCCCUCGAGUGUUUCCCUGGGCGAGCUCUCUGCAGAGACACAUGCUAACUCACACAGGCCAAAAACCGUUCCCCUGUCCCAAGUGCGAUGCCUUUUUCUCCACCAAAUCUAACUGUGAGCGCCACCUGCUGAGGAAACACGGCAUCACGCACCGAACACUGCGACGUAAUGGCGCUAUAAUCAAGAAGGAAGGAGAGGAAGGUUCACACGAGAGCGCAGAGAGUCAGUCAGAGACAGAACAGCUCACACCAGAAGCACAAAACCCCAGCACCUCCACCCCCUCUGCAGAAACGGGCCCCGCACCCACCGCAAAGAGCCCGGCUCCUUCUGAGGACAAGGAGGGGCUGACGCCGCUCAGCCCUGCGCAGAAAACAAGCCAAGUUUGCAGCCCGGCUGCUGUCGUUGCAGAACAACAGGAGACAAACACUACAGAGCAGCCAAGCCAGCAGGGGUCGCCAGACACCAAGGCAGCAGCAGAAAAACCGCCUGCACAGAGCAGCAGCACCAAGGUGGAGUGCGCAGAUGAUGAUGAUUGCCACAGUAACAAAAGUCUGGACCUGAACUUUGGUAAAAAGCUCAUCGACUUCAAGCUGUCCACGUCAUCAGACGCCCCUCAGGAAGAACAGCCCUCCCAGUCUGCAUCUUCGUCUUCCUCCUCCUCAUCUUCAUCUUCCUCCUCUUCCUCCGCUCCACCUCCCCAAGCAUCAGACAGCCAAGAGAAGGAGAAAACCGUUACAGCAUCUUCCUCCUCCAGCAGCCCAGCGGUGAAGCAGCAGCCCGAGUACAAACACAUCUGCAGAGUCUGUAAGAAAAGCUUCAGAUAUGCCACCACCCUUGCUCGCCACGAGAGGGCACACCUCUCUGAGGAAUCACCGACUCCUGCGGCCAUAGAGGAGAACCAGCAGGUGAAAGAGGAGGUGACGGAGAGUAACGCUGUGAAACCAACAGAAGAGAAGGAGGAGAAGAAAGAGGAGGAGCAGAAGAAGGAGACAGAGACAGAGGAGGAGGACGGAGGAGCGAGGGGAGGAAAGAGCGAUGGAGGAGAUAGCGGAGAGUCUGAGGAGGAGGAAAAGGAGAAGGAGGAGAGGAGCGAAGAGGAGGCAUCAGAACCAAAGAGUUUAGAGGGAGGACGGGUCGACAAGAGGAAGAAAAUUUGUAAAGUCUGCGAUAAAAGAUUCUGGUCUCUGCAGGAUCUGACCCGACAUACACGCUCACAUACAGGUGAACGGCCAUACCAGUGUCAAACCUGUGAGCGGACUUUCACCUUGAAGCACAGCCUCGUUCGCCACCAAAGGAUCCACUUGAAGCCCCGCGGUGCUGACGGAGCCUGUACGGGAAACGACGAUGCUGCCAGCGAGGAUGGAGACUCAUGUGGCCCUACACCGACCUCCACCUGCCCGCCUUCGGAGAAUGAGAGUGAGUGUGGAAACAGCGCACCCGGAUCCAAGGAGCUUGAUGACGAGGAGGCGGAGGGAUCAGAAUCAGCUGCGGCAGAGGAAGACAACCCUGCAAAAACAUCUGAACCACCAACGACACCCGCUGCUUCUGGUGACAAAACAGAACUUUCCGAAGAUUCAGUAGAGCAAAUACCCUCUGAAGACACAACUCCCAAACAAGCUACUGACACAAAGACAACAGCCAACGAUGGGAAUUCAACGCCUGAAUCAAACACCUCCAAAGACCCCGCUCCCUCUUCCUCCUCGUCUCCUCCUGGGGAGUCCACUCCUGCAGACGGCUUCAUCCAAGGGCUGCUGGAGAUCCACGCCAAGCCCCCACUGGAGCACAUCCUGCCCAAUGGAGAGCCUCCUCUGGUGGGGGCAGACUGAGGGGGAAUGCCCCUGGCUUUCACCACAGUGCCAUACGACGAAAGGACGCUACACCAUUAUGAUGACGAUGCAAAAACCAGCCCGGAAACUUUUUGAUAGAAAUACAGAAAGGGGAAGCCCUCGUUUUCUUGAAGUGCCUUACUACUAGUCCUACUUCUAAGAGAUGUUUUUUGCUAUAUCUUUAUCUGCAUUAUUACGGAGGAUGGAUCUAAUUUUAUAGCUUUUUAUGAUGACAAUGAUUUGCAUUGCUAUUUUUUGUGCGGGGAAUCUAUAUUUCAGCAAUAAAAGAUUAAAGCUAUGAUUUAUUAUUGUCUAGAUUCUGUUCGAGAAUUGAUGAUCAACUUAAGAAGACGCAGAAACACGGACAAAGACUGAAUCUGCGUUUAUUCUUCUGUAUUUAAAUCACAGCUGAGACUGAACAAUUUAAAAAUUUGAACCAGCUUUGGAUUGAGAGAAAUCACAGUGGAGGACCUUUAUAUUUUCUCCACCAUUGGCAUCAGCUUUGAUUUAUGUUUUUUGAUAAAUUCACAAGUCGGAGGCUGCCAAUUUGGCCCGAUUUCACCAGCAAAUGAUGACUUCCACUGACGGCUGUCGUCGUCGAAAUCUGCGACAAAGGAAGCUUUUUGUAACUGGAAUAAAAAACACAAAAGACGGCGUAGUUUCUGCUAGCUUCCGCAUUAAUCCUCGUCUCGGCUGGCUCACAAAACAUUCACGAACUUGUGUAAGUCGCAGCAGAUCUCUGUUUGGAAACAGGACUCUUUAAAGGGCAGAAUAGUGUUGAUAAGUUUGUUUUCUCCAUGUUUUUUUUUUAAUCCAUCACACUAUUGAUCCCUUUCUCCCACAAAGCCUCCCUGUGAGUUUGUGUGUUAAUAAUUUGUCAUUCAUAAUCAUUCUCAGUUGAUUCCAUGUGUGUACAGAGAGUUGAACAUGUGGCACGUGAUGUUAGAGUAUUUUCAUUUUGGCAUGUGUGCGAUUAUCAGUGAAAUAUAGGUGUAGGGAGGGGAAUUCUUGGUUUUUUGUUGUUGGUUUUUUUUAUAUCUGAACAAAUCAAAAUUUCUUGUGUGCGAUUGUAUGUGAAUUCCACCUGUCUCUUACCGUCGCCCCUUAGUGUUUAUUUAGGGUUUAAUACAGGGCCUCUAGUGUGCUGACGUAUUUUGCCUCUAACACCAGGUUCAGUUUACCUCAACCUCUGCUUUAACUGCAACCAUAAAAACCACGUAUGAGCAACUCUGUAGGCAGCCCUUUAAAUCCUACGUCUUCCUAAACAUGGUUAGCAAAAAUUCUUGCUAGCCAGGUUUUCACUGUGCAAAAUCAAAGCUAAACAGGGCUAACUCACCAGCAUGAAUUCAAAUACAGUACAGCUAAUUGAGGUUAGCAUAUCAGAGCUAACUUAGCUUGCUCAAUUUCCCAAACAAGGCUGAUUCUCACCAGCCUGGUAUGCAUAAAAUAAAGGUAACCAGGUAACCUUACCUACCAGCGUAACUUUAAAUACCGUAAAGCUAGGCAGGGCUAACAAAUCAAAGCUAGCUUAGCUUGCACAAUUUCCCAAACAGAGCAAAACAAUGCUUAUUCUUGCUAGCCUGGUUCCCCAUGUGGCCAAAAUCAGACCUAGCCAGGGCAAACUCAUCAGUGUGACUUUAAAUAUUGUACACACUGACAAAGAUAACAUGUCAAAGCUAGCUUUGCUAAAGUACAAUUUCCUAAACAACAACAAAAAUCAACACUAGGUUUAUCUUUGCUAUUCUGGUUCCAACAAAAAGACAAAAUCAGAGCAAGCUAGGGCUAACCCAUCAUUUUAACUUCAAUUACAGAGUAGAAAGUCAAAACUAAUAGCACAAAUUUCCAAACAGAGCUAACAGAGGCUAACACAGCACAUCAGACAUGUAAACACAAAGCACAAGGGCUAAAAAUUGAUAGUCCUAUUUGUUUAACAGGCCUUAAGAAAUGUGGAAAAACUAGCUUAGUCUUUGCAACAUCUUACAAGGGGCUUUCUUUAGCUAUCGCAGCUGCCGUCUCAGCAGUAAAUAUAUCAAUAAUGAGCUAACAAAGACGAUAACGAGUGCUUACCGACCAUGUCUUGCAAAAGUAACCAUACUCGUUUUUUUCUUAGCAUGGCUGUUUUUUGUUGGUUAGUUUUUCAAGUUAGGCUUAGCUUUGUGCAGUGGGCCUUACAUUGUCAGAACUGGCCUUAAACACCCAACUAGAGCAAACAACAGCCAGACCAUUCAAGCUAACCAAGCUUAACUAGCUUGAUUAGCUCUAGCUAGCUUUAACAUAAAACCUGUGCAAGGCAGAGAGAGUCAGUUAUAGUAAACACUGGCUACAAAUGUGUGUUAACAAGAGGAAGCUCUCAAAUAUGACAAGCCAACAGUGGAUCAGCUCAUUUAACUAGUUUGGUUAGCUAAAAAUGAGUCCUUCAGAGAAAACGCUGGUUUCAAAUUUGUACUAGCGCAACCUAACAAACCUAAAAGGUAAAACAAGCUAACAAUGGAGUAGUUUGUUAGGCCUGGCUAGUUAUUACCCUAAACGUGAGCUUUUAAUGUGCCACAUGGUUAAACUAGCUCAGGCUGAGUCGAGCUAAGCUGGUAAAAAGCAUAUUUGGCUAACUUCAGACCUAGCAAAUCUCCUUCCAGUAUUAUUUUGGUAUCUUGAGUUGGUCCUGGAUGGCUUUAGAGCUGUUAUUUGGCCUCUGAUGUGAACAGACAUAAUUAACAGACUAAAGCAUAAAACUGCGACAUAUUAUCCUCACAGAAGUUAACAGAUAUUCAAAGACACGUGGUCAUGAAUUUGGCGGUUACGACAAUCAUUUGUAGUUAAGAAUUAAAACCAGAAACGUGCCCUUCAUUUUAAUCUUGGUAUAGUUUCGAGAAGGAACUUGAAGACAGGAGGAGAGGGAUGAAUGAACGAAUGAAUGGAAGAACAGAUGGAUGGAUGAGGGGGUUGUGAAUGAACGGUUUUACCCUACUGCACACAAACAAAAGUAAAAGGGCUAAAUCCAACCCCCUCACUCCAACCAGACCCAACAUUUCCACAACAGUAAAGGGUGGCGAAGUGCGUUUUUUUUUUGUGUGAAGUUAAAGAUAGCUAAUUUUUCUUGUACAUUUUUAUUUUUUAUUUUAAAUCAAGCAACCUCAAAACAAAUCAAACCUCAGCGGCUCAUAACGGAACUGUAAGGCAACGGCGGUCGGUCAUAUAGUCUGUCAAAAAAACGAGAGAUAUCGAACAACUGGACCGACUUUGUGACUGGCUGGGCGCUGCUGUGAACUGGCACUAACAAUUUCCAAAACUACUACUUACUUCUACUACUAGUACUACUACAGUGGAAUAUCACAACACAAUUAAGAGUGAAAGAGAAAGAGAGAGUUUUCAUUCCUAGGGUAUCCAAAACCUUUGACUAAAAUUGGUUAAUUUCUUCCAUUUCUUCAAUGUCAUUUCUGGUGAAAUACUAUGCCCUUCACCAAAUAAAGCUCUUCGAGAUAAGGCAGAAAGUUUAUGUACAGGUCCCCUCUUUGCAAAACUAAAUAAAAAUAAGGAAAAAGCAUUGAUUGGAUUUAGUUUAUUUCCCUGAAAUUUGGUCUGCUAGCAAGCUAAUUGACAUUUGUUAGUUUUUAUGUUAAAGUAGCAAUGAGUUUACUAAGAUUUUUGUAAAUUUGACCCAGUAAUUUCUGAUCUAUUCCAUAAAAAUUCGCUCUUUGUAUUCCAACUGAAACAUUUUUUUCCUUAACAAACAUUAUGCUAAAUAGUUAGAGUGCUAAAACUGGAGAGAUGCUUUCCUGGAAAAAUUUUGGUAGAUUUACAGUAGAACCCUCAGACCAUUAGAACAUUUUAAAAUCCUUUGUUUGCAGAUUAAAAACAAAAUAAAAUUAAGAUCUUUGACUUAUUUUUGAGGAGUUUUCUUAAUUCCAUGAGAGGUUGGUCAGCCAAGCAUGCUAGUAACUUCGUUAGCCAAAAAUAAGUUUGUAAUAUUUCUCAAAACACCUUUGUUGAAUUAAUUUUGAUGCUAUAAUUUCCCAGUUUAUAACCCCAAAACAUCUUACCUUUUUUGUGUCGAAAUUGAGGAUUUAACAAAAUCUACCAUGAGCCAUACAUUAGUGCUGCAGCAAUGGUUCUCUACGGGUAAGACGCUGAAUUUGCAUUUACUAAUAAACAGAGUAAACCAACAGAAUUUGCAAAUGUAUCAGUGUACUUAAAUUUAUUAUUUUGUGGCUUAAACUCUGUCUUCUGGGGGUUUAAGACAACUGUCUCCCUUUAUUCUACGUACACCAAAAUUAAUUUGCAAAGACUUCAGAUGAAGCCUGAAGACCCCAAGUGUUAUGUCUAAUAUCUUGCACGAAUUGGUUCAUUAUUACAUCCAAAAUUUGGCUUUAAAUUGGCAAAAUCAAGGAUUUACCCUUUGUUUUUAAGAUGCCAUACCCAGGAAGAGCUCUCUCUCUCUGUUUCUCAACUGUUCUAUGUUUUGUUAGCUCUUUCUGUUCAUCCUUCUCCUUGGGAAUGUGUGUUAAUGUUCUCUGUGUGUAUGUGGUGUGAGUGCACGGCCAUAUGAAUACUGGACUUCCAUUGGAAUGCACAUGGACUGUUUUUAAAUGUAUUUAUUUGGAGCCCAGGUGUGUGUAUUUGUAUGUUUGGGUGCGAGUUAGUUUCUACAAUGACUUGAGAAGAAGCCAUGUAUUAAAGAAUAUCACAAUAAUGCUGCAGAACUGUUUUGAGGAACUGAUGGUUUGGACUAACCGGCUCGCCGUUGGCCGGGGUGUGAAACGGACUAGCAAUAAGAAUCCCUCUGAAUCCAAAAAGCUUUAUGUAGAUCUCCUGUAUAUGAGUUGAGAACAGAUUGUGUGGGUGACUUGGUUCUGUUGUUUAUUUCUAGUUUGGCUGACAUGAUUUUUGUUGUGUUUAUUUUCUCUUUUUGACAUAUAAAUGAGUAUAAAACUGUGAAAAUCCAUUGUGUUCAGUUAAAGGGUGACUUUUAGGUUAGUUUCCUUAUUUUGCAUGUUAAUCUAAUUUGUUCGAUUAUGGAUGAUUUCUCCUUUCUCCAUCUCCUCUUGCUCUACACAUACGUAUAAAUAUAUAUAAAUAUGAAAUUAUAUAUAAUCUCGCUCUCAGGGUCUUUCACGAAUCCAUUAUCCGAAAUGCUUCAUGUUCUUAUUGCCUGAGUUGCAACUUGUUUUUCCAUCUCCUGAUUAUUUUGUCUUUUUUAAAAAUAAUGAUUCAGAACUGUCAAUCACUACAUUUAGCACUUGACUGUGAACUCGUCGUCUCCUAACAGAUGAAAGAUGUUUGAACUUCGGUGUUUUAAAGCCGGGAUAUUUUGACAUUUUUGCAUUGCCCUCCCCUCACUUUCAGACAUUUCUUCAAGAUCUUUCUUGCCUUUUUUCAGCAUUCUUUUUUGGUUAAACCCUUAAGUCCAGUUCAGACCAAAGAUUCACAACAAGACAAGUUGAAACUGGUUGCCUGGAAGUGUGUUAGCAUUUCAGCAUGCCUGGGUCCUUGGACUUAAAGUCGAUGGGAAUUUUGAACGAGUUUUUGAGCUCUGACUUUCAGGGUCUACUGGAUUUACAUAUCUGUCUGGCAUUUCUGACUUUCAAGUUUGGAUUUCCAAGAUCAACUGGAAGCCACCACGAGUCCUGAAGCAUAUUGGUUGUCAGCACAUCUGAUUCUGUGGACUCAAAGUCUAAAGAAGUUUCUGAAUCAAAAUUCUGACUUAAGGGCUCUUUCAGGAUCACAUACUUGCCUGGCAUCUCGAUACUCCCAAGUUUGCAGUUCAGCAUGUCUAGUUCCUUGGACUUAAAGUUUAUGGAAUAUGUAAAUGAGUUUCUGUUUCGAUGCUUUGAAUAAGGUCUGUGGCAAACACAACUUUUAGAGAUGUUUUUCUACAACGGCUAACUAAGACCACAAAGUCCAUUGACUGUGGUGCGGUUCUUUUAUAGUCUAGCUUUAGCUUUUUACUUAUGUUGAUUCCGUUACUUCAGCAAUAAUUAGAGUAGUGUUCAUUUGUGAUUAUCUUGAUGAACAAAAUAACAGAAACCAAAAACUCACAGAAAAAAACCCAUAGGCUUUUGGUCAAUGGAACUGAUGCAGUGCGAACACCUGGGUUGGCUUACAAACGAACGUCAUUACUGCAGCAUUCGAUACCCUGAGGGCUUGCGCCAUUUUCUUUUGACGGUUUCUCUCGGUUAUUCACUCAGCAGUUUUGUUGUUUUAAAGACUAGUAUCAACUCGUAUCCAGCUGAUGUCCUCUCCAGGCUCCAGUGGACUGAUUGGUGUACGAUGUGCCUUACGUUCUAAAACCAACUGUUGGCAAUUUGACUGCCAAGUCGCGGUCAACACCGUCGGCCAGCCUGAUUCCAACCACAGCAGUCCUCUGCAGCUUCCUUUAACUGGCCUUGUUGAGUCUUGUAUCUUUGGUCUGAGCUGGCUUUAGUUUAACUCCCGUCGUCAGAGUUUAAAGGGAACAUCAGAGAGGAGAAUUGUCCUCAAACACAAAAACUUAGAGAUGCUGGACCUCAAUCACUAAGCAUCCACACACGAUCACAAGUUUAUUUCCGGUGGUCGUGUUUCAAUCUUUACUUCCAUCCCCUUGUCUGUCCUCUCACCUCCUGCUGUUAGUAAAACAUGGCAGUGUUUCACAAAGUCAAGAGAUGUAAACCUGUUCUGUAUUCAACCCAAUAAGAAAAAGCAAUAAAGAUUAUAUUAAGGAA